UCUCUAUCACUUCUGCAUUAUCUGCUUCUUCUGUCAAUCAAAGUGAAAGGAGGAGGGUUUUAGGGGAAUGCCAAUUGAGGGGGUUUUGAGAUUCUGAGUUCCUCCCAUUCAAGAACUUGAAAGUACUAUACUGGAGUGAAAGAUGAGAGUGGCAGUAGUUGGUUCUGGUAUCAGUGGUUUGGUCGCAGCCUAUGUUCUUGCAAAAGAUGGGGUGGAAGUGGAUCUGUAUGAGAAAGAAGACUACUUGGGAGGUCAUGCCAGGACGGUCACAUUCGACGGCGUCGAUUUGGAUCUUGGUUUCAUGGUCUUCAAUAGAGUAACAUAUCCCAACAUGAUGGAAUUCUUUGAGAGUCUUGGAGUUGAGAUGGAGAUAUCUGACAUGUCCUUCUCGGCAAGCUUGGACAAAGGAAAGGGCUACGAAUGGGGUAGUCGAAAUGGUCUGUCGAGCUUGUUUGCGCAAAAGAGCAAUGUGUUGAAUCCAUACUUUUGGCAAAUGCUUCGAGAAAUCACCAAGUUUAAACAUGAUGCUCUCAGUUAUCUUGAGGUGCGCGAGAACAAUCCGGACAUUGAUCGAAAUGAAACCUUGGGGAAGUUUAUCGAGUCCCGUCACUACUCCGAAUUAUUUCAGAAGGCUUAUCUUGUUCCAAUAUGUGGUUCAAUCUGGUCAUGCCCUGCAGAAGGGGUUAUGAGCUUCUCAGCCUUCUCUGUUCUAUCGUUUUGUCGCAAUCAUCAUCUACUUCAGCUAUUUGGCCGGCCACAAUGGUUAACUGUCAGAUGGCGUUCACAUUGUUAUGUGAAGAAGGUUAGAGAAGUGUUGGAGAGUAAAGGGUGUCGGAUAAGAACAAGUUGUGAGGUACAUAAAGUUUCCACAAACGAUGAGGGUUCCACAGUAGUCUCUGGAGAUGAGUUUGAGGAAAUAUACAAUGGAUGCAUAAUGGCUGUCCACGCCCCCGACGCCGUGAGAAUAUUAGGAGACCAGGCAACAUCAGAUGAACUGAGAGUACUUGGUGCCUUCCAAUAUGUCUACAGUGAUAUUUUCCUCCAUCGUGACAAAGAUUUAAUGCCCCAAAACCCGGCAGCAUGGAGUGCAUGGAAUUUUCUUGGUAGUACUGACAACAAAGUAUGUUUGACAUACUGGCUCAAUGUGCUUCAGAACCUUGGUGAAACCAGUCUACCAUUUCUUGUGACUCUCAAUCCGGAUCAUACACCAAAACAUACCUUGCUUAAGUGGUCAACUACCCAUCCAAUCCCAUCUGUUGCUGCAUCAAAAGCUGCACUUGAGCUUCCUCAUAUUCAAGGAAAGAGAGGAAUCUGGUUUUGUGGAGCAUACCAGGGUUAUGGCUUCCAUGAGGAUGGAUUAAAGGCUGGGAUGGCUGCAGCACAUGGUAUUCUUGGUAACAAUUGUGCCCUCUUGAGCAACCCGAAACACAUGGUUCCGUCAUUGACAGAAACUGGAGCACGCCUUUUCGUUACUAGAUUUAUAAGACAUUAUAUCUCUACUGGAUGUUUAAUCUUACUAGAGGAAGGGGGCACAAUGUUCACCUUUGAAGGAACAAGAAAAGGGUGUUCUUUAAAAUGUGUUCUUAAAGUUCAUAAUCCUCAGUUUUACUGGAAGGUUAUGACUCAGGCUGAUUUAGGCCUUGCAGAUGCAUAUAUCAAUGGAGAUUUCUCUUUUGUUGACAAAGACAGAGGCCUUUUAAAUCUUUUUAUGAUUCUCAUCGCCAACAGAGAUAAUGAUUCUUCCGACUCAAAAUUGAUUAAGAAAAGGGGCUGGUGGACUCCAAUGUUAUUCACAGCUAGUAUAGCCUCAGCGAAAUAUUUCUUUCAGCAUGUUUCAAGACAAAAUACUCUUACACAGGCUCGGAGGAACAUCUCUCGUCAUUAUGACUUGAGUAAUGAACUAUUUUCGUUGUUCUUGGAUGAAACGAUGACGUACUCUAGUGCUGUAUUUAAGACAGAAGAUGAAGAGCUAAAGAUUGCACAGUUGAGGAAAAUCUCAAUUCUCAUCGAAAAGGCUAAAAUUAGUAAGAACCAUGAAGUUCUAGAGAUUGGCUGCGGUUGGGGAAGUUUGGCUAUCGAAGUCGUCAGACAAACGGGGUGCAGAUACACUGGUAUCACUCUAUCACAAGAACAACUCAAGUAUGCCCAACAGAAAGUGAAAGAUGCUGACCUUCAGGACAGGAUUAGAUUCCUUCUAUGUGACUACCGUCAAAUGCCAGCUAACUACAAAUGUGACAGAAUUAUAUCAUGCGAGAUGCUAGAGAGUGUUGGCCAUGAAUUUAUGAACGAUUUCUUUGCUUCCUGUGAAUCUGUGCUAGCAGAAAAUGGGCUUCUUGUUCUGCAGUUCAUAUCAAUACCGGAUGAACGCUAUGACGAGUACAGACGAAGUUCAGACUUCAUAAAGGAAUACAUUUUUCCUGGUGGUUGUCUACCUUCAUUGAGUAGAGUAACAUCUGCCAUGGUUAACUCGUCCAGGCUCUGUGUGGAGCACAUAGAAAAUAUCGGAAUUCAUUACUACCAAACACUGAGAUACUGGAGAAAAAAUUUCUUGGAGAGACAAAGUGAAAUUCUUGCUCUUGGAUUCAACGAGAAAUUUAUUCGGACAUGGGAAUACUAUUUUGAUUAUUGUGCUGCUGGUUUCAAGACGUAUACACUUGGGAACUACCAGAUUGUAUUUUCACGACCUGGCAACGUUCCAGCAUUCAGCAAUCCCUACAAAGGCUUCCCUUCUGCAUAUUGAAUGUAAUUUUCUUUGUGUUCAUUCAGGAAUCUAUCCCCUUUAAUUAUUUGGUCGUUAUUUCGAUCGAGCAAUGGAAAACAAAAUCUUUGGCUCCGACCUUCAUUCUUUCCU